UGUGUGAGUGAAAGCAAUUGAUGGUCUCUUCAAAAAUCGCCUUCCUGGAUCCUGAUUGGUGUCGCCGCCACAGCCGCAAGGCACUGAUUGGACCAGACCAUAAUACAGCGCAGAUGAAAAUGAUUCAGACUACGGCGUUUAUAUGUUCAACAAUAUGAAACUUAGUCUUAGGUGAUUUAAAAUGACACCAAAUUUAUUUCGGAUUAUUCCAACGGCAGAAUACAAGGCGCAGGGAACUUUGAGGUGCGUAAACGCUAUUUCCAAAAUUCCAGAGGUGCGUAAACGGCGUUUACGUGCGUUUACCCUGCACUACAGCGCUGGUUGAGUUGCUUUCAUAGACGAAUGGGAAAAAUAUUCAGGCUUCAGAAAAGUUCAGAAAUGUGUUUUUAUUCACUUCCGGCACGCUAGAGGGCAGUAAGACUGUAGGCUUGACUCAAUCCGUCGAAAGCUUUAAUCGCUGAAGAAGAAUCACCGCUCUCCUGAAGGAAGACCAACUAAACAAAUCUUUAUACCUUCAGCAAAUAUUUUAGAAUACUAACCGCCUUAAUCAUCUUUUCCUUCAGUCUUCAGCUUACGAACUACGUGGAUAUCGUAAACUUGGUCAAAAUAGAUAGCUAUUGGUAGCUCACAAGGUCUUCGGCAGGGAAAGUUGUGUUGAGUGUAUGAACAUUUUUGUCUGAACAGAGAAAGCUGACAAGGUGCAGUGUUUAAUGUAAUUGCGAAAUGAGUAUGUUAAACUCGUAGGCUACAUGACAUAAUGCAGAAACUGACCGAAGACAAACUUUUACCGCGCAAAACACCCGCUGCUAGAAGCACGUUGCAGUUGGAUUCUGAGGGAGAGACGAUGGAUGAAAUUACUCAGCAUAUUGACAUGAUGAGUCACAAGCAAGCCUGCCUCGACCUGGAGAAGGCCACUCAAUUCAUCACAUAUGCAUUACAGCAUGAAGUAGGUAGGAACCAGGAGCUCUGCGUGUUGAUUCGCCGUCUAGAAGAGAAGGAGGUGGAGACUGGGCGGAGUCUGGCGGAGCAGGCGGAGUCAAACCAACAGCUGAAGCUGAAGAACGAUGAACUACAGAAACACCUGGAGGAAAAAGACAACUCACUGUCACAAGCCACCCAGACUGUGGCUUUCCUGAAGAAUGAACUAAGGGACCUGCAUCAGCAGCUGCGAAGACAGCAGAGCAAUCAUAGGACAAUUCAGGAUGUGAAUGAGUCGCUGCAGGGUGGGGAAAGCCAGUUCAAGGAUGAGCCAAUGGAGAGUUACAGCUCUCCUCUCCAAUCAGACCAGAUGACAACAGCUCAGGAGUCACUGGUCUGGUCAGAACCACUGGUCUCGUCUGAUGCCCAGAGUCCACUGGUCUUAUCGUCUCAUCAUAGUCUGCCUGUCUCAUCCAGUGCUGAAAGUCCGCUGGUCUCGUCUCACACGCUGGUCUCAGCUGAUGCUCAGAGGCCGCUGGUCUCGUCUCACACGCUGGUCUCAGCUGAUGCUCAGAGGCUGCUGGAGGCUCCUGUUUCUGGGAUUAAAGAAGAAGAUGCUGAUGAUGGAGAUGAGUACAAUCAGCCUGACAUUGCUGACCCUGGGACCGAACAGACCCCCUCCCCAGCUGAAGACAUAAAAACUGAACUGAUGCAGGAACAGGAAGACAAAUCCAGCAUACCUCUUGUCCUCUGCUCCAAAACAGACCUGUCUCCCACAGACCCCAUGUCUCUGUCUCCAGUCCUCUGCUCCAAAACAGACCUGUCUCCCACAGACCCCAUGUCUCUGUCUCCAGUCCUCUGCUCCAAAACAGACCUGUCUCCCACAGACCCCAUGUCUCUGUCUCCAGUCCUCUGCUCCAAAACAGACCUGUCUCCCACAGACCCUAUGUCUCUGGCCCGGUUAAGGAGUGUGUCAGUGGUGUUGGUGGACUACUCCAGGACACAAGGACGGCAAAGGAAGGACAAAGAGAACCAUACAGAACAGCCAGAGACCCGAAAAGGAUCAUCUCCCUCAUCCCCGGAGUUCCCAGCAGCCCCCUCCAUCUCGGGAACAGAGACAGAGAAAUGUGAAACCUACUCCUGUUCUGUGUGUGACAAAACCUUCCACUUUUGGUCUCAGUUCAGGCUUCAUCAAUAUAUUCACACAGGAAGGAGGCCUUACUGCUGCUCCCUGUGUGGCAAGAGUUUUACUCGAGAGGGAGGUCUCAAAAAACAUCAGCGCAUUCAUACUGGAGAGAGGCCGUACCACUGUACUCAGUGUGGCAAGAGUUUUACUCGAGAGGGACAUCUCAAACAACAUCAGCGCCUUCACACUGGAGAGAGGCCGUACCACUGUACUCGGUGUAGCAAGAGUUUUAUUCAAGAGGGAAAUCUCAAACAACACCAGCACGUUCACACAGGAGAGAGGCCGUACCACUGUACUCAGUGUGGCAAGAGCUUCACUGUAGAGGGAAGUCUCAAACGACAUCAGCUCGUUCACACAGGAGAGAGGCCGUACCACUGUACUCUGUGUGGAAAGAGUUUUACUCAAAAGGGAAAUCUUACAAUACACAAGCGCAUUCACACAGCCAUUGGAAGAGCUGGUUUAAACACAGAAGGCAGAAUCUGAAGAAUUGUCCCAAGUGAUAAGCCAUUGGAAGAGCUGAUAGAAUUCUGUAAAUGCUUAGAAAAGGUGCUUCAGUGCUUCCUUUCUGAUCUCCUUUAGCAUUGGGUACACUAGACCAGUGGUCACCAACCUUUUUUGGCCAAAGAUCACAACCUCUGCCUUGGUGACAGGCAAGAUCUACCUAUUGAGGCGUUGAGAAAAAAAGA